UGAGGCUGCAGCGCUGGUCCGAGUGGUCUCCGGGUUAUUUCUGGCCCGGUAGCAGCCCUGUGGUCUGUGCGGCGGGCUCAGGGCCCCGUAAGGAGCCGGCUGGCUCUCUGGCCAACGCCUCCCGCCCCAGAACAAGCUGGGUCACCGACCUCUCGCCAUGGGCUCCCGUGAGUCUGGGGUCAGGUCUGCUGGUUCCUGGGCAGUGCCAGGGCCGCACGGGGCGCUGAGCCUACUGCUGCUCCUGCUGGCGCCGCCGAGCUGCGCGGCUGUGGGCUGCCCCGAGCCGUGUAGCUGCGCAGGGACGCAGGUGGACUGCGGGCGCCGCGGGCUGACGUUGGCCUCGCUGCCGGCAGUCUUCCCGCCUGACACCACAGACCUGGUGCUGACCGGCAACAACCUAACGGCGCUGCCGCUGGGGCUGCUGGACACACUGCCUGCGCUGCGCGCCGUGCACCUGGGCGCUAACCCCUGGCGCUGCGACUGCCGCCUGGUGCCGCUGCGCGCCUGGCUGGCCGGCCGCCGGGAACGCGCUCCUUACCGCGACCUGCGCUGCGCCUCACCCCCUAUCCUGCGAGGCCGCUUACUGCCCUACCUAGCCGAGGAGGAGCUACGUGCAGCAUGCAGGCCCAGCCGACUCUGCUUGGGGUCGCUGGCAACGCAGUUCGCGCUGCUCUGCCUUGGGCUGCUACACGCCCUGCUCCUGGCACUGCUUCUGUGCCGCCUGCAGAAGCUGCGCACCCGCGCCCGCGCCCGCGUCGCACACCAGUUACCCUUGACCGCCCCGUUGGUGGAUAAGCCCGAUGAGGCGGGCGAGUCCUAAGAGGAGCGGACUGGCACUAAUCAUCGUGGAUCUGCAUAUUCGACAAAACCCUGCCCGAGAAGCCCUCGCCCUCUCUUGGACCCGCCUUGGCCUCUGCCCAGCCUCCCAGCCUCUCCAAGACCUGAAGGCCCGAAUCCACGUAGGACAGAGUGAGGCGACCUACACCCUCUAUGCUUGGGGAGGUGGAGGCGCCUAGCUACUGCAGCGCAACACCUAGGAGCCUCCCCUCCCCAACUUCGUGCUGAAUAAACCCUUCUAAUCUGGCCUGUCUGCACCAGCGA